AACCACUCUGCUAAAAGCACUUUAACAAAAUCAAUAUACCAUUAGGUGGUAACAUGAAAGCUUGUCCAUAUGGGAGAUGUAGCAAGUGCAGAACAGAAAGUGUCUACUCAUACAUACGGUAGCUAGAACUAAUAACUUCCCCAAAAAAUUAUGUGGCAAUACACAUGACACGCAAGUCCUUAGUCUUGUGAAGAUGUUGGGCUAAUGCCACCAGCUUCUUAGUUCACAUUCCAAUAUGGCAGGUGUCUCCAACCCUGCUCCUGGUGAGCUGCGAUCCUGCAGACUUCAGGUCCAACCCAACUCCAACACACCUGUCUGUAAUUAGCAAGCAACCCUGAACACCUUGAUUAGUUGGUUCACCUGUGUUUGAUUGGGGUUGCAGCUAAAAUCUGCAGGACGGUAGCUCACGAUGAGCAGGGUUGGAGAACCCUGCAAUAUGGCCAUCUUCCAGAUUCCAACACUCUGCUAAUAAAAAGCACAUUGUCACUUUCACAGUGAAGAUUUGAUAGUUCAGUUUUCUGCCUGUUUAAACCAGAAUCCGAUUUGGCUAUAUGAUUUGUUUAACUUCUGCUGCACACUGGGUAAAUUCAUCCAUGCACAGCUGUCUGUUUUGAAUUCCAACAAAACCAGAUGAGCUGGUUUUGUUAACAGCUCUACAUAAGGGGGAGGAGAAAAAGAAAAAUAGGAUGGACGGAGGAGGGGUUGGAUAAGCCUCAAUGAAAGCCAGAGAAAGAAUAGGAGGAGAUUAGCUUGGGUGUGGAUAACAAAGUGAAAAUCAAGUGAGGAACUGGGAGUGCCCUUGUGUGUUCUGAUUUGCCUCUUCUUCGAUCUGUGCUUUUAAAAUCAACAACUUGUUUGGAGUGUUUAUCAGACAUGUCUGCAGUUCCGACCAUGGAUUCUUUUAAGACCGUCUUACGGUUCCUGACCAACCAGAAGAGCACUAUUGGCUACAGCUUUAUGGCCAUUUUGACUAUAGGCAGUGAAAGAGUUUUUUCCAUGGUGUCUUUUCAGUGUCCGUGCAACCCCAGACAGAAUUUUCCUUAUGGAAUAACAUUUCUUCUUGGUCCAGCCGCUGUUUUGAUGGCCAUCGGUCUCUUUGUUAGUGCAAGACUUUGGCGGUUAUAUACUGGGUGCUGUCUCAACCCCUGGAAACUCUGCCCCAGGGGUAACUGUGUGAGUUGCUUGUCAACGCUUAUUAAAGUACUUAGUAAUGCAUGCAUUGCCCCUGUUAUGUGGCUUUGCGUAGCAUUGCUCAAUGGAACUUUUUAUGAAUGUGCUGUCAGUGGCUUGAACAAUAAUGUGGUGGUGGACCUCUUCUGUAAAAACAAGACAUCUGCAUGCCGGGAAGAACUAGCACGGGUACCUUGCGGGAAGACUCAGCUCUCUAAGGAUGACAACAAUGAACUGCUGCUAAUGCUUCGAGCUCAGUCACAGAUCCUCGGCUGGUCCCUCAUUAUCAUUGCUGCAGUAGCAACACUUGUUGGGACAUGCUAUAAGAACUGUCGCUCUCAGGUGAGCUAUCUUCAGUUAACCUUUUGGAAAAUCUACAUGGAGAAGGAGCAGGAAAAGUUUGAAGCGUUUGCGGACGAUUACGCCACCAAACUGGCAGAAAGGAAUCUCAAGAGCUUCUUUGACAACAAGAAACCUGCACCGUUUCCCUUUCCAAACCAUAUGGCCUGGGAGGAGAUCUCUGCUUCAUAUAUGUUUACCAAAAGUGAACAGUACUAUAGCACCCUUCAAAGAUAUGUUGAGCGAGACAGGGAGUACGACAGUGAGUUGCGACCGGUUCUAGAGUGUAAAGAUGAUAUAGAGAUGGCAUAGAAACAAGAUACUAUAUAACCAUUGUGUACUUUUGAAGUCAUGUAUUGAUGUCAAAUUUGAAGGUUUCCAAAUUACUACCUGUGCAAAACAGCAUUAAUCUAAAAGGUUUUUAUAGUUUUGUUUUGUAAAUUAAGGAAUUGGAUUUGCACUGUGAACGUUUAUUCUAGCAUUUAUUUAGCUAUCUCAGAUCCUUCAUGGAUACUGAGAGAAAUCUGAUCCUGCUUUCUGGAAGUUGUUUACAGUGACAACAUCUUAAUUGCAGUGGUGCUUGAGGAUUUACUGGUUUCAAUGUUACAGCCUCAACAAAGUCGAAGAAAAAGGUAAACCUAUUCUCAGGGCAUUUUUAUCUAUGGUUUUUUACAAUUGCAUAUUUUCCAAAUCUUCCUGUAAAUCAGGAAGUGUAAAAUCAU